AUGUUUACAAGUCAAUGUGGAACCUGUAACGAUACUGUCGGACACGGCUCGGAGUGUUCUACAUGCAAACGUAGAUAUCAUUUUGGAUGCGGUGGUAUAUCUGAAAGAGGAUUUAACAGAUUGGGGUCCAGAAGAGACAAGUGGAUAUGUUCUAAUUGCCGGGAUACCAAUGUUACGCACUCAGAGGAUGCUUCACCGUCUGCUACAUCAAGCCGAACCCCAGUUGUCGCAAAAACAACAUUAGGACCUAAAAUGAAGCUUUCUGAGGUGGACAAUGGACAACCAUCUGAUCAUGAUGAAACGCUCAAGGAUAUCUUGGCUAUAGUCACUGGGCUUCAGACAGAGUUCCAAUCAUUCCAUCGAAUUGAAUCUGACUUAAAGCAAGUUAAAGCGGAUGUUGCGGACCUUAAAGCCUCUCUUGAUUCGAGAAUAGAUGACAUAUCUGAUCGCGUUUCAAACUUGGAGUCUCGUAUAAGCGCCGUUGAAAAUGCUAAAACUGAAUUAGAUCAUCUAAAAAAGAUUAUAAAUGUUCUGGUGGAGGAUAACAAUAGAAGUGAGCAAUGGGUGCGGCGAUCUAAUAUACAGAUAAAUGGAAUUCCUUUCAAAAGUGGUGAAAAUUUGAUAAAUGUAACUAAGCGCCUUGCCGAUCGCUGUAGCUUUCCACUGAAAGAUACUGAUAUUGAUUUUGUGACGCGAAUUGCUGUCAAGGAUCAUAACGAUAAAAGACCUAAACCAAUAAUCUUAAAAAUGCAGUCGAGAUAUAGAAAGGACGAGUUUUUAGCGGCUAUACGUAACUUAAAAAAUAUAAAAGCCAGUGACCUUGGUUUUGGCUCUUCUGAUAGCCGUGUUUACGCUAAUGAUCACUUGUCAACAAAAAAUAAAUUCCUACUUCGCCAGGCUAAAAUGAAGUCAAAGGAAAAAAACUAUGCCUUUUGCUGGGUACGUAAUUGUACCAUUAUGGUUCGAAAGAAUGAAACAUCUCCAGUACUUCAUAUCAACUCGGAGGAUUCUUUAAAGAAGAUUACAUAA